UUGUGAGGCUGUGAAAUGAUUCGGCUAUUUACUGUUCUCUGUGUCCUCUCUAACACAGGCAAUGAAGAUGCAGCAAACAGAGUAACUCGACGUCAACCAGCCCGGUUCACCGGGAACCCACCACCUUCAUCCAGCCAAGCAACUCGCCCAAAUCCCGUCACUCCCCACAACACAGCAAGAGCAGUGGAAACUAAGGAUCCCACUACAGGUCACAGAGUGCAGCCAGUAGUGACUUCUGAGACUUUGCAGAGCCAAGCGGGCAACACAGGGCCCUGGUCAAGUCGAGUGUUCCGCAAGUGGAUCCCACGCCUCCAAGCAACGCUCAGCUGCAGCACAAUCCGCGCGGAAUGCCUGGGCAAAGAUUUGAUCUCCGAUAUGCAGAAGAAGGAAUUGAUGGCGAUACAAGAUUCUGCCACACACAAUGAGCUUCUCCUAGAUAUGCUGAGCAGGGGUACAGCUAAGACUUUCCACAUUUUCUGUAGUAUUGUGCGUAGCACCGAACCUGAAGCAAACUUUUCAAAGUUCCUAGAUGACAUGCAGUCAGUGGAUACCUUUGUUGGAGUUUCUCCGGAAUGCCAAAAAGACUGCAAUAAAGUAGUAGACCUGAUGAAAGAGUUCUCAGCACCGGAACGUCAACGGGUGGUCCACACUGCCGAGGAUGUGGCACGAAUGCGCACGUCACAGACCGUCCUCGACACGAGAAAGAAAAUCAUCCACGUACCACAGCCAACCUCGCCUGUGAACGUAGACUUGCUGAGCAUGCUGAACAUGGGAGAAGAACAACAGCAAGCGGUAUUGACUGAAAUCGACUGUUUGGCGUCCAACACUAUCAUCAUUGAUGACGUGAAGGACUGUGCAGAUGAGGCAGGGAAGUACCAGGGUCACGUGACACGGGCCGACGGCCAAGUUGAAAAAUCGCCAGCUGAUAUACAUAGAGAGUUAAGUAAGCACCCUUGUUUCAUCAGCAUGGGCACUGGAUCUGCCAGGGACGACCGCAGCAUUUCAGAGACCAAGCAGUACUUGAAGGAUACUGGCUUCAUUGACGAGAACACGGUCAUCACAGAGAUCACUGAAUAUGAACUAGUUCCUGUGACUAGGCUGGCCAUUCGUGACAGCAAACGACUGAAGUUUAAAGAUCAGAGGUCGUCUAUAGUGAAGUUCAUCAUCGAAUGUGAAUAUAAUCACACGGCCCCGAGUUUCAUUAAAAGUGUCAUACGAAAUCUCCGCAAUCUCCUUGGUGAUGGGAGCAUCCACGCCGACAGCGUGCACGGCGAGAGCGGAGGCACAGCAUUGUUUGUACAGAUGUCUGCCAAGGCUCAUACAAGGCUCUGGGAGUUCUGUAAGGAUCAAUCUAGCCUGCUCGCUGGUCUGCACAUUCUCGAAGUGUCAACUGUGGACGGAGCUGUAGUCUUCAAUUUCCGUCCCACGACAUGCAGUGGCGAAGGCAUUACUCCUGAUGACCAGAAGCGCUUGGUUGAAGAGUUCUCCAAGAGAUAUCCAUCCUUGGACCGAGAUCAGCUGUCUGUUGCUGUGGCUGACCAACAGAACGUUCAGCAUGCAGUGAUUGCACUGACCAAGCUCGGCUUCGAUGAUGACGGAGCAUGCUUGAAUGCACUGCCUGAGAUUCUAAGUGGUGUAGUGGCAAGGAAGGCAACUUCGACCUCUGCUCACGUUGUCCAUCCUGAAGAGGCCAUUUCAACCCAUGUCUCUGCCAAUUCUGAACAUGCAGUAGAAAUCCAGGGAGUUGACAAUGAGCUUUCUCUCCGGCCGCAGCUUAAGUCCCAGUGGUCUUUUCGUGGCCGUCUACCUGAUAGCUGCCAACAGUUCCAUCGUUGUACCAUGUACAAUGGGCAUGCUUACAUUGUGUGCCAGGAAGAGGAGGAAGGAGCAAUGAUCUACCGGUCUACUCAUUCUCUCAAGGAAAGUCUUCAGGUGGCAUGGACAAGAGUAAUCACCAUUGACAACCCACACUUUCGGUCAUGCAGGAACUUUUGCAUUCACAAUGAAAAAAUGUACUUUGCAAGUAUUAGUGAUAGGUAUACAUGUAUCCCCAAGAUCCAUGUUGUAGAUCUACAGGGAAACUGUGGUACUAGAGAAAUACAAUGUGAUUGUAUCCCAGUACAAGAUACGAGUAUGAAUACAUCUGUCAAACCUUUUGUGUAUGUAUUUAUAACCCAGUCAGCGCUUCUAAUAGUAUGCUUCUGGCGCAAUCAUUUCUUAGAAGUUAUUUCAUUAGAUACCAGACAUGAUGGUGCAGUAUGGGCAAAAUUGGAUCCGCUCAGCAUGCCGGAGCCGCCGGUCCGCAUCUGCAGCACUGACAGUACUCUGUUUGUGAUACCAACAGGAGACAUCAAUGAUGCGCAUUUGUCAAUCAUGAAGUUGGAUGUAAGUGAGGAAAGUCUGCGAAUGCCAUCAUGGCUCGAGAUCAAAGUGGACGUGCCUAAGACUCUUCAUGUAGAUCUAUACCAUUGUGUUGUACAAGCUGCUGUGGGUAACACUAUAAUGUUACCCGUGUACUAUUGGGAUGAUGAUAAAUAUUUAUUUGUCAAUGGUGUGAUAUGUGUUGAUUGUAGUACGUGUAUAGGCCGGUGUUCUGUCUUGCCGCCGCUAUCCAGUACAUUAGUUUCAUUGAAGUUGAUGGUGGAUGGCGAUACGCUUAUUGCACUCGAUUAUGAUCACUCAGUGUAUACUCUUCAGCUACCUGAACAUUUGUAAACACCAGUGAUUGAUCGGCUUCUACAUGCAUGUAUGCCAAGGCGGUGUACAAUGUAGAUAUUCUGCUGUGGCUAGGUCAUGUGAUGGACAACUGGUGCACACUGUGUGUUUUUUGUGAUCCUGAGUUUUUUCGUUUGCACAUGCAUACCCUGUUCUGCUGGGGACCCAUAUGCAUGAUGUGUUUGGUGUCCAGUUCUUUCAGGCCAUCAUUCUACAUAGGCACUGUCCUGAAAUGCUUAUUGUCUAUGUACAUAGUAUACAUUAGGUUGGAGGAAUAUUAUAAUUAUAUAGAUAUUAUGUAUAUAGAAUGCUGUCCAUGGAUUGGAUAUGAUGUAUUAUAUAUACAUAGAAUAUUAGUCUCUAAAACUCAACAGCUCUCUACACAUACAUACUCAUUAUAACUGUGUACAUAAUAGUCUUUUUUUGUCAGUGAUUGACAAAACCCCAUAGGUUGAAUUGGUCACCAGCCACAUUACUUACUUCCUAGAUAUUGAAGAACUGACUAAUUGGCUCUGUGUGUGCGUGCAGAUGUGUACCGUACAUGUACGCAUAAUGGUAACUUUGCACUGGUCCAGCCAGGAGU